AGAUCACACCGGCCUAACUUUCUUUGAUACAUCAUGUCUUGUUUACUACUCACCUCUUCAUUUACUACUACUACUCAUUCCAAGCCAAACACUUUCAAGACUCGAACCAAUAAAAACCGAGGGUUACGAGUCUCGUGUAACAAAACACCGACAAAUGAUGAUAACCAAAUCAUACUCCCCGAAACUCAAAAACUUAUCAUGCCAAAUGUAGUAGACCGAAGGGAUCUCCUUGUGGGUCUCGGCGGUCUCUGCACCGCCGGGAACUUAUCUUCCUUGUCAUCGGCAUUAGCUAUUCCAAUUUCAACUCCUGAUGAUAUCACGUCCAAGUGUCAGGACGCGAGCAUCAAGAGUAAAGGGGAUAUAAAAAGGACACUAAAAUGUUGUCCUCCUAGCCUUGGGAAGACGGUUAAACCUUUUGAGUUUCCAAAAGGAGAAACGGUGAGAAUGAGAUGGCCGGCUCACGAAGGGACUAACGAGCAAGUCGACAAGUACAAAAAAGCCAUUCAAGCUAUGCGGGCCCUCCCAGACGACCACCCGCAUAGCUUCAAACAACAAGCUUCUAUUCAUUGUGCUUAUUGUAACGGAGGUUACACUCAAGUCGUCGGUAACGGGUUUCCUGAUAUCAAAAUUGAUGUUCAUAAUUCCUGGCUCUUCUUUCCUUUCCAUCGUUGGUACUUGUACUUUUACGAAAGAAUCCUGGGAAAGUUAAUUGACGAUCCCACCUUCGCGUUACCUUACUGGAAUUGGGACGAUCCAUCUGGGAUGCAAAUUCCAAAAAUGUUUUUAUUUGAUGAAAAUGAAAACAAUCCCCUAUAUGACGAUUUCCGUGACAAGCGUCAUCAGCCUCCACAACUAGUCAACUUAGCAUUGAAGCCGAAUCAAGACAAGGAUCUCAGUAAUGAUCAAGAAAAGUGCAAUCUCUUCACAGUGUACCGUGAUUUGGUUAGUAAUGCCAACAAUGAAAUCGAUUUUUUUGGAGGUAAGUAUGUAGCUGGAGCAGGGCCUAACGAUCCGAAGCCAUCAACCGGAUCUGUGGAACGUAGUUCACACACUGCGGUACAUCUAUGGGUAGGCGACUCAAGCCUACCUAAUAGAGAAGAUAUGGGUAACUUCUAUUCCGCGGGUUACGACCCGUUGUUUUAUGUGCAUCAUGCUAAUGUCGACCGUAUGUGGAAGCUAUGGAAGGAUUUACGGCCCGGUGAAAAUGUAGAACCAACUGACAACGAUUGGUUAAAUGCUUCGUACGUGUUUUAUGACGAGAAUCAAGACGUUGUACGAGUUUAUAACAAAGACUCGGUUGAUAUAAGGAAGCUGAAGUUUGAUUAUGCAAAAUCUGAUAUUAAUAAGGUCGCGUGGAGAAAGAGUCGACCCCGGAGACGUGAUACAAAUGAACAAGCUCCUUCUCUCCCAGUUGUGAAAUCCGUAAACGAGGAGACGUUCCCUGUUAAGCUCGACAAGAUCUUGAAGUAUCGUGUCACGAGGCCAAAAAGGACAAAUGACCAGAAGGCGGCUGAUUGCAAAGAGCUUUUGUCGAUUAAUGGGAUAAAAUACAGGGGUGAUAAGUUUGUGAAAUUUGAUGUGUUUGUGAAUGACAAGGUUAACACUAAGGACGACAAAUUGCCCACGCCUUGCGACCCUGAAUACGCGGGUGGGUUUGCUCAGGUUCCACAUUGCGAGAGUGUAAUGUUCAUGGUUAGUGCAGCGAGGUUCGGGCUGGACGAGCUGUUGGAAGACACAAACACUAAAGGGGAAGAGUAUGUUGUGGUUGCAUUGGUGCCAAGGACUGGAACUGAAGAUCUCACCGUUGGGGAAAUCAAGAUCGAGUUGUGUCCAGUUGUGUGAUCGAAACUAAUAAUAAUUGUUGUAGUAAUGAAUAUUAUCGAUUAAUUAGUGUGUGUUUUGUGUAACCAUAAUAUCUGUAUUGUGUUGCAAGGUUUUCGUUAAUGUUGGGUUGAUUAA